AUGGAGCCUGAGUUCAGUUACUCACUGCCUUCGCCCACGGAUACACCGUACCGCACACCGUCAAGUUCACAAUCGACCCGAUCGCGGCGAUACGACGAUAUGUCACCCUCUUCCACCCCUCCGCCCAUGCCCGAUGAGCGAGCCAGCAAGAGGCGAAGCAAUGAUUCCAUCAAUCCUGCCCUCGAUGAAAACAUCUCUCCUCUCGAUCCCAGAAGAUUCACACCUACCCUCCAUGCAUCCUUGGUGUCCGAGAUCUUGUCGCUACGCAGAGACCUGGAGAGUCGAACCAAUGACAUCGAAAGGCUGGAGAUCAGCCUCCAUACCUCCCAGUCCCAGAAUGAAGUCCUCAAUAACAAUCUGUUACAAGCCAACAAGGAGACGAGGUCAGUCAAGCGGCAGAUGCAACUUCUGGAAGGAGGUACACUCUCAGCGCUCAACGAAUUAGCCAAAGAACGAGACGAUGCACUGAACGAUGUGUCAGAACUGCGCAAAAGGCUUGAGCAGAGCCAGAAAAAGGCAAAGACGCAGGAAGAAACCGCAGAAAAGACACAAGCUCUAUGGGACAAAGACAAAGAAUCAUGGCUUGGUGAAAAGCGCGGGCUAGAGACCAAGGUUCACAUUGCCGAGGGACGUCUCAAGGUCGUACUGAGUGAGCUCGCUAAUGCUCAACACCAUCAACCUCCCCCAGUGUCUCCGACUGAGCGUACGUGUCACAGCCGGAACAGUAUCAUGGAGAGCCCGAGCAAGGGCUCUAUUCUUGCACGAAGAGGACGCAGACAAAGUGCGACGUCGAUCAACAGCGACACGCAUGGUGGCCGCGUGUCCGUUUUGAGCUUCCACAAUGGUGUCACGGUCAACCUGGCAGACGAGCUUGCUUUUGAUGAAUUGGAAGAGGAUAUGGCUAACAUUCCCGAGAACGAUGAAGAUGGACGUAUCUCUCCCGAUGCGCUUCCUGAAGAGCAGAUUCGGCCCACUUCAAGUCUGUCCCUCAAAGCCCGCAAGAUAUUGGGUAUGCCGCUAGACUUCGAGGAAAUCGAGCGCAACGACAGCCCAGACGAAAAGCGACGGUCGAGUGCUGCAUCUCCAGACGGUGUGCCACGCAGGCCGAGCAUCAAAUAUGUUGAUACUGCUAUACAAUUCUCCCCUCCGCCUUCUCCUUGGCCGGUUUCGGCAAACAAUCGACAAUUUAGAAUGUUCCAACCAGGAGACAUCGAAGUUGGAACCAUGAGGCAGUCGAAUGUAUCUCCCAGCCCUGUCAGCCCUGCCGAAAGUGUAGAGCUUUCAUGGGAAAAGCAGCAACCGGUUAUGGUUUCGUCCGCCUGCCAAACGGUCGAGGCUCUUCCAAGUCCACCACUCACUCCAGAAAAACACGACAAUGGCCUCGCUACCAUACCCGAGAGCUCUCUGGAGCGAGCCCCGACAGCGACAAUCGCUACCCAAACUGAAGACAUCGUGCCUGUGGUCAGCACGAGCCACAAGCAUACUGAAAGUGAGGAAACUGUGGAUCUCAAGGUGCCUUUGAUUGCCAUCAUCCCACCCGGUUCAAGACCUACCACGCCCGAGAACAGUGUCAUGUUGCCGCCGCGUACUAAGAACGCCGGUACUCAGGUGAACUCAGAAUCUCUAGGUGGCUAUCAAUCGGCAUCAAUGCAGACCGAGCCAAUCCGGGUUGACAAACGGGCAAUUGUACCCCCAUCUGAGAUGCCUCCUGCUCCAUUGUCGAACCACUUCAGACCGCCCGUGUCCUCCAUGGCAAUGCCACCACCUAUUUCUCGGACAAGAAUCUCUCCUGCUACAUCCAUGUUUGCCUCUCGACGUAGCAUGGCGGCGGGACCCUCCCGAGCACCAAUGCCACCUCCGAAUGACAACGGACCGCUCUCCAGGGAUUUUGCCUCUAACAUGCCCAGACCUGUCCGAUCGAGCAGCCUCUUUGCAGGAUUUGACGAUGAUGUAGAGAACGAGGGUGAUUUAUUCGAUGAAGACACUUUUCUCGAGGACGACAUCUUCAAUCGCCCGACCGCAAAAUUUGUCCUCAAAUCAGGUAAAAUGGUGUCUCAAGAUCCACUUCUCGAGGACAUUGGCGAAAGUGUUGCAGUCAGCGCCGGUGAAGCUGCCGCUCUGGAAAAGCUUCGCCUUUCAGAGGAUGGUCUACCUCCUGAAAUGAGGAUGGCUUUCUCAAAGGGCAGGACUAGCCCUCAAAAACGUUCUCAGAAGCAAAACGUGGGCUCAAAGCUCAAACGGGUACCGUCGGCUCGGUCUAGCAACAUGAGAAGGACUGCUUUGAUAUCGAGUGGAGCCGCCGCUCACCGUAGUUCACAUUCACAAUCUACCACGGCUUCCGUCGACAGCAAUCCUCCUUUCCCAGUACCUUUGAGGUACAGCUCUGCAAGAAUUGGUAAAUCGAUCAGCGAAGGUGGUCGAAGCUCGCCUGCGAGCAGCAAUGCAUCUCCGACCAAAAGACCAAAGCACAAAUAUACCAGACCCACGUUGAGAAAAGCUCGGUCUGGUCCUGCCAUAUCGCCUCAUUCUCAAGCAAGACGAGCCCGGAGUCGUUCCCCACCUCUGGAUCCACGGGUCUCGAUUGUGCCAGAAAUGCCCAGCUUUCAAAUGCCAACAACGGAACAAGCAUCGUUCCUAGCAGAACCUUACAGCAACCCGAGGGAGGCCAGCGCACCGCGUCCAUCCAUUGCUACUGGGCCCAGUCGACAGAGCACUCACCAUGUAAAGACCAAUUCAGAUGCCGUGUCAAUGCAUCAGACGUCUGUUGUUGAUUCGAUUGCGCAGACGAUGGUUGGUGAAUGGAUGUAUAAGUAUGUUAGAAGGCGCAAAUCGUUUGGAGUGACGGACAAGGCCGAUUGGGAUAGUAGCAAGAGCGUGGAAGAAAUUUCUCAAAGUGUUACGAAUAACGGUGUUCGCCACAAAAGAUGGGUAUGGCUUGCACCAUAUGAACGCUCAGUCAUGUGGAGCAGCAAGCAGCCAACCUCCGGUACAGCUUUGAUGGGUAAGAGUGGCCGAAAAUUGAUCAUCAAGUCUGUUCUUGAUGUCAAAGACGACAACCCUAUGCCCAAAGGCGCAAUCGCUGGCCAACAUUUCAACAGGUCCAUCCUCAUUUUGACUCCUCAGAGAGCCCUCAAGUUCACAGCGACCUCACAAGAGCGCCACUAUGUGUGGUUGACCGCAUUGUCAUUUUUAUCGCAUUCGCCCCUGAGCGUGAACGAGUUGACCGCAGUACCACCGCCUCCACCACCUCCAGAAAAUGACACAUUGAAUCAACCUACACCAUCCCUCGCGGGUUCUCUUCGACGACGACCAAUCCGUGACUCGAUUCGCAUUGCGAAGAACCCUCUUCGAGCUGGUCCUGGCCCCCGGUCCUUCACGACUGAUGGAUCGAUGCCCAUCCAGGAUUCUCGACCACCAACUCGGGACUUUUAUGACCCAACACAAGACCCUGCUCUGCCUCCUGUUAUUCCACGUCAUUCACGAAAACGUAGCAACACGGCACCACGAGCACCUCCAAGUUCAUUCAGAAGCUUCUCCGCCAAAGAGGCAACUCCUAGCCUGCCAGGUCCAGGCUCCACAUAUUCACAAAGUAUCCGAUCAACAGCCGUCUACUCCUCUGAUCGUGGUUUGUAUACUCCCAGCCUCGGCAUGCAGAGCAUUGUGAGCAGCCGCCGAGGGAGUGAGGCAAGUGCCUCCGGCCGACCUCCAAUCCCACCAAUAUUUCUAGACAACAACCAACAAACAACAACCAUGCGAAUGGACGCUUUCAUCGAGGGUAAGACCUCUACCUCAUCGACUCGCCCUUCCUUCAGUCUCCUUCGUGGGCAAUCGAAGAAGAAGGAUAUGAGUUAUUGGGGCUUUGAUCAUGGCCGAGACAGUAUCAGCCCAGUGGAUUCACUGCUUCACAGCGAGAUGAUGGCUGCAAGCUCAUCCACCAGGGGCAGUUCUGACUCCAGAGAUUUAUGGCGAGGUUUCUGAAAAUUGAGCCCGUCCAUUGCGCGCUACCCCAGAGCUCACUGAGUGUGCAUUCGCGCCCAUCAUUUUAGUGAUAAUGUUUACAUGUGAAAAAGAAGCGG